CGUGUGCGUCAUCAUCUCUGACCUCAAUAUCUCGGUGUAUUUUUUUCUGAGGGAGAAAGACGGCUGCUGGCGGCGCCAUAUUGAAAGAAGAAAAUUGUCACAUAAAACGUUAAAACGCGAAAGUUCCCGCCAUGUUGUACCUGGAGGAUUACUUGGAGAUGAUCGAGCAGCUUCCCAUGGAUCUCCGCGACAGGUUUACGGAAAUGAGAGAGAUGGACCUGCAGGUUCAGAACGCCACGGACCAGCUGGAGCAGAAGGUGAUCGAGUUCUUCGUCAACGCCAAGAAGAACAAACCUGAGUGGAGAGAGGAGCAGAUGGAGGUCAUUAAAAAGGAUUAUUACAAAGCUCUGGAAGAUGCAGAUGAGAAAGUCCAGCUGGCCAAUCAGAUUUAUGAUCUGGUGGACCGUCACCUGCGUAAACUGGACCAGGAGCUGGCCAAGUUUAAGAUGGAGCUGGAGGCCGACAACGCCGGCAUCACAGAGAUCCUGGAGAGACGGUCUUUAGAGAUGGACAGUCCGUCUCAGCCGGUCAACAACCAUCACGUCCACUCUCAUGCCACCGCUGAGAAGAGGAAGUACAGCGCUCCGACUCACCACACUACAGAACACGUUCCAGAAAAGAAGUUCAAGUCUGAAGCUCUGCUGUCCACGCUCACGUCGGAUGCCUCCAAGGAGAACACGCCAGGUUGCCGUACCAACAGCACGUCCUCGUCCACCAACAACGUGUACAGUGUGAACUCGUCUCAGCCUCUGGCCUCAUACAACCUGAGCUCUCUGCCUGCGGGGCCCGGGGCCGGAGCCGGGGCCAUCACCAUGGCUGCUGCUCAGGCUGUGCAGGCCACCGCACAGAUGAAGGAGGGCCGGAGGACGUCCAGUCUGAAGGCGAGCUACGAGGCCAUCAAGAACAACGACUUCCAGCUGGGCAGAGAGUUCGCUUUGUCCCGGGACAACACUGGAUACUCCUCCUCUGCUCUGGCCUCCACCCUCACCCAGACCCUCACCCCCACCACCGCCUCCGACUCCAGGGGACGCAAGUCCAAAAGCAGCAUCAAGUCUUCCAACCACCAGUCCUCUUCAUCGUCCUCCUCUUCCUCUCUGUCAUCCUGCUCUUCGUCAUCGGCGCUGGCUCAGGAGCUUUCCCAGCAGGCCUCAGCGCUGCCCGAGGCCGAGGCCAACAGCCAGGUGGACUGGACCUACGACCCCAACGAGCCCCGAUACUGCAUCUGUAACCAGGUUUCUUAUGGAGAGAUGGUCGGCUGUGACAACACAGACUGUCCGAUCGAGUGGUUCCACUACGGCUGUGUGGGUCUGACGGAGGCUCCCAAGGGGAAGUGGUUCUGUCCUCAGUGUACGGCCGCCAUGAAGAGGAGAGGCAGCCGCCACAAAUAGACUUUAACCUCCAGGUCAUCCUCACAAACAACAACAACACCACCACAAAGGUCAGAGGUCAGAGGUCAACCGGCCGCUCACAAACAAGACGCUAAAAACACUUCUCACAGUUCUCAGAUUAAAACCAGCCUCCAAACAUCCAACGCCACCACGAAACGCUCCGCCUGGCGUCUUUAUCUCACUCUGUGGGAUUAUUUCAACAUCCUGAAUUUAUUCAGCAUCAGAAUUCUUGAUGUUCCACACCGAGAUUAAUCUCAUAACUCACACGUUUUAAACACACUCCACCAUUUUAUGUUUUUCUCCUUAUAAAACAGAACAUUUAAAAACUCUCCGUUAAUUCUGGAAUGUAAAAAUAAAAAUAACCACUGAUCAGACGUCACCAUGCAUCUCAUUCCAGUUUACUGAGGACGUAGUGACAAUAAUCUGAGGACGUAGUGACGAUAACGUGAGGACGUAAUGACGAUAACGUAGUGACGAUAACUUGAGGACGUAGUGACGACAAUCUGAGGACGUAGUGACGAUAACGUGAGAACGUAGUGACGAUAACGUGAGGACGUAGCAACGAUAAGGUAAGGACGUAGUGAUGAUAAUCUGAGGACGUAGUGACAACGUAAGGACGUAGUGAUGAUAAUGUGAGGAUGUAGUG